GUCUGUCACGUGACUGUGUUCCGUCUGUCAGUAAAAGCCGGUAAAGAUGGCGGAAUACGACCUAACGACUAAAAUAGCUCAUUUUCUGGACCGACACCUGGUUUUCCCUCUGCUGGAGUUCCUGUCCGUGAAGGAGAUCUACAAUGAGAAGGAGCUGCUGCAGGGGAAGCUGGACCUGCUGAGCGACACCAACAUGGUGGACUUCGCCAUGGACGUCUACAAGAACCUGUACCCAGACAAGGAGAUCCCUCACUCGCUGAGGGAGAAGAGGAGCAACGUGGUGGCCCAGCUCAAGCAGCUGCAGUCGGAGACCGAGCCCAUCGUCAAGAUGUUUGAGGACCCGGAGACGACCCGGCAGAUGCAGUCCACCAGGGAUGGCAGGAUGCUGUUCGACUACCUGUCAGAAAAACACAACUUCCGUCAGGAAUACCUGGACACGCUCUACAGGUACGCCAAGUUCCAGUACGAGUGCGGGAACUACUCAGGCGCUGCAGAAUACCUCUACUUCUUCCGGGUCCUGGUUCCAUCCACAGACCGGAACGCCCUGAGCUCGCUGUGGGGGAAACUGGCCUCCGAGAUCCUGAUGCAGAACUGGGAGGCGGCCAUGGAGGACCUGACCCGGCUCCGGGAGACCGUCGACAACAACUCGGUGAGUUCCCCGCUGCAGUCGCUCCAGCAGAGGACCUGGCUCAUCCACUGGUCUCUGUUUGUCUUCUUCAACCACCCCAAAGGCCGCGACAACAUCAUCGACCUCUUCCUCUACCAGCCACAGUACCUGAACGCCAUCCAGACCAUGUGUCCUCAUAUGCUGCGCUACCUCACCACCGCCGUCAUCACCAACAAGGACGUGCGAAAGCGCCGGCAGGUUCUGAAGGACCUGGUGAAGGUCAUCCAGCAGGAGUCGUACACGUACAAGGACCCGAUCACAGAGUUCGUGGAGUGUCUCUAUGUGAACUUUGACUUCGACAGCGCUCAGAGGAAGCUGAGGGAGUGUGAGUCGAUGCUCAGCACUUUGCUCCAGCUGUGGCUGCUUAAGGCUUUAUAAAGACGAUGCUGCAGCAGAGCGCUGCACGCCCUUAUUUGGGCGCUCUUCCUCCCGUUCACAGGUCAGCAGGCGACUGGGAGGGAGCAGAGAGACGAGUCGUUAACAUCCUGAAGGAUCGAUGCUGCUGCGAUGAAAACACGCUUAAUGCUAACUCUGGUUAGCUCUGGUCCCGCAGCAUGAUGCCUCCUCCGCCUGAAGGGGGCAGCAUGUUGGAGAACGAGUUUGGCGCCUCCUGCUGGUCAUCCUGUCACUAACCUGAGUAAUCUGAGAAGAUUCAGAACUGCUUCCUGCUGGAGGGCAGAGAAAACUGAGCUCAGAUAUUUCAUCAAUUAAUCAAUAAUCUAUCAGAUUAUAUUCAGGAAUUUCGGUUGGAAACGAUUAAAGCCGAAAAGUUUCACUGGA